AUGCAAAGCUGCAGCCAAUUCAAACUAGAAGCCCUGACUAGCUUACGAUCCAUAAGACCAGUUGUGCUCCGCAGAAGUGCGAAGAAGGACUCCAUUGAAGAACCUCUCAGCUGCCACUUUGUAGAAGCAAGCGUGGAUUGCUCGCCCUCUUAUGUUGCACUCUCUGAUACCUGGGGUGGAGAAGAGCCUUGUGAACCGCUCAUAAUCCAAAACGCCGGACCUGCUGAGAGACAGCUAUUGAUGACCCCUAACUGUGCUGCAGCAUUGAGGUUGCUACGACGAUCGCUGAGUCGGAAAAUGAAGAGUCGUAGUAGCCUGAGUGUCUGGGUGGAUGCCAUCUGCAUCGACCAGUCUUCCAACGACGAAAGAAACGCUCAGGUGGCCAUGAUGGCCGAGAUCUAUCAGCGUGCAAAGACUGUUGUCGUCUGGCUCGGCGAGGAUCAUGCACCCGCUACCUGGGGCAGCUUGGCAUGCUCGAAGCCUUUGGCUCUGUUUUCGCGCCUGAGAAACGAUCGCGAUCUCAACGAGGGAGUCAAGAGUUUGGCAGCCAGAAUCGCUUUAAAAGUGGGGGAGGUCUUUCGGGACGCGACGAGGCUCAUGGUCGAGGAGGAGGACAGCUUGCGGGUGCUGUACUUUUCGAAUCGGCAGAAGACUAUGGCUGGUGUGGCGUGGGAGACUAUGCCGUCCUGGACCGUCGACUUUGCGACGACGGACUCCGAAGUCAGGGGGUCAUACAAGUACUACUAUACCAGUCUCUGCGCGGCUUCUGGCGGGACUAAACCUUACUUCGCCUUCUCAGGCGACGGGAAGAGGCUAACUCUCCGGGUGGUGCGCGUGGGACAGGUAGGGAGCUUCGUGAGCGAUAACUUCCCAACCAAGAGCCAGUGCGUCGGCGGGAGAUGCGUCGUCGAUGAUCAGAACGCGAACGACGAAGAUAAAGACAGCGGUUCGAAGUCGCCCUUCCCGCACAGCUGUGAAAAUCCCUACCUAGACGUGCUCGGUCGCUUCAUGACGAGCGUGACGCGCACCGUCUGGGCAGGGCCGAAGCUGCAUGCCAUGGGCCGGAGUCUCUACGAGUUACUCUGGUGGAUCAUGCAAGGACCAAAAAAAAUCUCCUCGCUCGUCGAGUGGGACUCGUUGCGCUGCGGAUGCCAGUGCCGGGUGGAACUGCGACUGGAGCGGCUGUUCUUCACCUGUGAUCGGAGAGCCGGGUUCGGAGUCGUCGGCGUUCGUGAAAGGGAUUUUGUUUGUCUUCUCGCUGGCUUGGACCAUCCUUUCAUCUUGCGGCCUUGCAAAGGGGAGGCUGAGAGAUUUACGCUGGAUGGCCCUGCCGUGUUUGCAGGUGUGAUGAGUGGUGAGUCCUGGCCGACUGGCGUGGAUGAGCUGGAGGACUUGGAGAUAGUGUAA